CAUUGUCCGUAUAUGAUUUCAACUGUUCCUUUAUUUAAAAAGAUGUUGAUGUUGAAGGUUUUGUCGUCCCUUUACACAUUACAUAGUAAAAACCAAUGAAGUCGUAAUUUCAGCGAUAUACGACGAUGUGUUACCAUUAUUAGUUACUAUUUAAAAAAAUUUAAAUCACUGCCAAUGGUUCCGAUUACACACAAGAUUGACCUACCGGAGAGGACAAACGGAAGCUUACCUUGGCGCAAAGCGGAAGGGCGGCGUUGGGCGUGGCUCCGCUGACCACGACCCGAGGCUACGAGUACCUGCGAGCGGCAGCGGCGCUGCUGCUUUCCAAUCUCACUUGCUGCUCCGCUCCUCCAUCAGUUUUCAACAGUUUGACCCAGGAUUGACCUAAAUACUUGGACUAAUAUGAAGUACUUGUUCCAGCAGAGCAAUGGAAGGUCCUAAAAGAAGAAUAUAUAAAGCACUUAAGCCAGCAAAACCAUUGCGCCGGUUAAGUGAGUCUUCCCAGUUAGACAAUGAUGCUGUAAACUGCAAGAAUUCUUUACUUGAUGAAGAUCACAUGAAUAACAGAAUUCAGCAGGUUUCACCAUUCAAAGAUUCCAGUUGUCUGCCUAAAGUAAAGGUUGAAAUGAAAGAACGGAUCACUUAUACCAGGGAGUUCCUUUUAAGUCUAUCACAUUGUCCCAUUUCAAAGAAGAAGCCUUCAUUUUUGCCAUUUCUCCCAGUAGUAUUGGAGGAGCCGAGGAAGAUGUUAUAUGCUUUCAGCUCAUACAGUGGUUAAUGUGGCCUGAGAUUAAUGCAGCAUUUAAAAUGGAUAUAGAUUUGAAUCGAGUGGCCAGAAUGAAACCAGAAGAUAGAUAUAUUUUGACUUGACAUCGUCUAGUUUUAUAUUCAUUUAAGAAUAUUAGCAGCUGGAAGAGAAAGAAAUUAGCCAAACUCUGUAUCCUUUGGAAAAGAUUUUUUUUUUUCUCGUUGAAGACGAGUUGCAUGUGUCUGUGGAUUGUGCGUGGCAACUCUAUAGAAAACCAAAUUCAUAGUGAUCUCAUGUUGGCAGAUAAUCCUUCGCAUUUGUAUUGUGAAUAAAUUUAAAUUCUCAGAGUUGUAAUUUUUUUUAUUUGAAAACUAAAUUUAAAAGUAACAAAAAUAUUGCUGGGUAAAUUGAUUCAUUUUAGUUGAAAACAAAAGUUAGUUUAUUGAAGUGCAAACCGUUAAAAUUGCAUUUCAUGUGUGAUCCUCAAAACCUGGCUGAAGUAUUAAGUGUUGUGCUUUCAAAGAAGAUGGAGAAAUUAAUAAGCAAAAGUAUCAAAAGCAGCCAUGUUGAAGGAUACAGUUAAAAGAAAAUGAAGGAAGAAUAGAUUUUGAAGGAAAAUGCUGAUCUGUUAAGUUGCUUGCAAUUUUUUUUCUUUCUUUUAAGGUGCAUGUUUUCUUUUCAAAGUAUGUAUUGUUUUCUUUCCUGUUUCCACAAUUUUCAGUUUAAGGUUAGCUUUCUACUGUUUUGUUUUUUGUUGUAUAUAAUUUUUGUAAAUGUUCUUUUAGUUUCUUUGAAACUGAUUUCAUGGCUUUUAAUAUUGCAUUAAUAUUUAUAUGAAUAUGUAUGUCUUUCUGCUGAAGAGCUAAAGAAUAUUACAUAAAAAUGUAGUAAAUAUUAUUCUUUAUGAUUGUAAAA